AUGUGCGCGGCGAUUAGAUAUUGUCCCACCUCCACUUUUCGUAUAUAUAUAAAACCCCUUCAUUCCCACACAUACCAUAAUCCACAUUUAUGUUCCAAUCCACACCAAUAUUAGUACUUAGUUACUUCUCAGCGUGAGUAUAAAAACAAAGACCCCGUUGUUGUUGUUGUUAUCAUUAAAACUAUGGGUGCAACUUCUAUGGUUCGAGGAGGAGUCACCAGAUUUCUACCAGGUUUUCGUAGGGAAUCGGGGCGUCAAAGACUCGACUUUACAUCGUACGUGGAACAACCUGAAACGGGUUUUGGUGAUGUAGAGUUUGAUUUUCUCGACGUUGGUGAGAUGUCAUUAGCUAAAAGUGGGAGUAGCGAUGAGUUUCAAUGGGAUGAAAUGGAGUUAGAUGAAGAUGAUGGUGAGAGGGUUGACAGUGGUAGCGUUGAGGAGAAUAGAAGCUUUUGGGAGAACCAACACCAAGUUUUGCAGACCAACCUAUUUAGAACUAGUUCGUUGGAGUCAAGGAUAAGGAAUGCCACCAAAGAAUCGAUUCAGGAUAUACAAAACGCAGAAACAGUGUGCAGUUGUAGUACACAGGUGGCUGCCAGCUCCUGUCGAAACUGCUUGAUGAGAGAAGUCUCUAGGCAGCUUCAGAAGGCUGGUUAUAAUAGCGCCAUUUGCAAAACUAAAUGGAAAAGCUCACCAAGUAUUCCAUCAGGGGAGCAUACAUUUUUGGAUGUGAUAGAUAGUACAAGCAAGAAGCAAGACGUUAGGGUGAUCAUAGAAGUGAACUUCAAAGCAGAGUUUGAGAUGGGAAGGGCAAGUGAGGACUAUAACCGGCUUGUCCGAAGGCUCCCUGAGGUGUAUGUGGGAAAAGUUGAGAGACUAAACAACAUCAUCAAGGUGUUGUGCAUGGGAGCCAAAAGGUGCAUGAAGGAAAACAAAAUGCACAUGGGGCCAUGGAGGAAGCACAAGUACAUGCAAGCUAAGUGGUUAGGUCCAUGUAAAAGGAACACCUCAACAGCUUCCCUUUCAAUGGGAUAUUCCGAGGUGAUGCCAAAACCGAAGCCUAGGGCAUCACUGUUAACUGUGGAUAUGCUAGAAAAGCUUCCCAAUAUGCACCGUACAGCUGUUGAAGUUUUGUAAUUCUAAUUAAGACAGAAAAAAAAAUUACUUUUUUUUCUAUAUUUUUCCCCUUCGCUCUUUCCUUCUUAUAAAGGAGUAGUGUGGAUCAGAUAUAUUUAUAUAUAUUCUUACAAAAUUAUGUAAAAAUAAUUUGUAGCAAUAGGUGGCAAUAUUCAAACCCUCUCGGUUCCAAGACCCAUUUAACAUAUAUACACCUAUUUUUGUUUAUUGAUAUGUAUCUUCACUUAUACACUCGCCUUGGGUGAAACAAAUGAAGUUUACAUGCAAUCGUACUUUGCUAUGGACAAAAUUUGAAUACAGAAGUAUGAUAGUUUUUUUAAUUAAAAAUAAAACCACUUUAAUAAUGAAUAUUUAUUAAAGUCGAUAUUAAAAGUUUAUAUUAAUCUUUAAAAUGAAACUUUGGUUUUAUUUAGAAAUACUAAAAGUAUUUAAAAUAUUGAAUUUAAUAUUUUUAAUUUCUUUUGGUUAUUUUCCCUCAGUGUG